UAGUUUGCUCCACAGUGAAAGACAUUAGGGUGUACGCUAGCGCCAAGAGUUAUUCCGUUAGCUAACUAAACAGGUUGUGGGGAUGUAGCUGGCAUCGUGUUUCCUGACGUGUUGAUAACGAAAUAGUUUGUUGAUUAUUUCACACCAUCCCAAUUUUGCUUCUCUUCCAAUAACAUGCAGCAAGUGAGAGGUCGACGAAAAGUGAGCAACGCUGAACUACGCGUAACAAAUGUAAUCAACAGAUGUUGGUUAUUCCAUCCGAAAAGUGCUGCUCAUACAAACACUAUACUUUUCUUUGCGAGUCAAUACAUUGAAAUUGUUUUUGUUCGUUCUGAAAUCAGUUUGAUUCAGUUGUGAAACUAUAGAAAAAAGAUCAAAUGUUCAAAAUAAAUGGGAACCAAUCUAAACACUUUGAGUACGGAUAACAGUACUGAGAUGGAGGAAGAGAGUAAUAUCAAAAAGUGUUUAGUCUUAAUAAAAAAAAAAUAUAAAAGACAAUGUUGAUCCUCGGUUUUCUACUGGUGAUAACGAUUAAUAUUAUAGCCCGACUUAAACAUUCUUCCAUUACUAAAUUUUAAUUAAGAGUAUUAUGAUUUAAGCAUGUAAAGGCUAUGAAUGCGAUUCUAUAGAAUCAUUCUAUUGAAAGCAUCGAUGACUUGCUACUUUUAAUUUUGAUUCUUACUUUAUUAACUAAUUAGUAAACCUUUCCUAGUGUAUUUAGCAGAAUCGUCAUCUCUCUUGUCUUUCCCAACUUGUUUGAUUCCCCGUUGAACUAUAACUAAGCUCUGUAUUAUGAUUAGUAGGUGGAAGGUAUGAAGGAAGAAAGAAAUCGAGAAAAAAAGCUAGUAUUAGUAUGUAAUGAUUUUUUUUGUUCUUGUUUAUUGGUUUGUUGUAAGAAAACGAGUGUAUUUCGGUAUUUAAAAUUAAUUUUCUUCUGCUCACUGAUCAUUUUAAAAAUAUCGGACACACACACAAGCGAGCGCCGUAUGAUUGGUCUAAAACUGAUUGUUAAAUUUAGUACAGGGAACAGGACGAAGGCCGGCGAUCCGUUUCCAUUUCGUUUCCGUAUCCGACAUUUUGUAUCACAAGUUGGGAAGUGAAUCGUUCUGAGUGCAGAGUUCUACAAGAUGUUCAUGCCCAAAGCCCACCGUUUAGCCAUCUACGAAUUUCUAUUUAAGGAGGGAGUCAUGGUGGUAGCUCGGGAUUCGCGUAAACCGAUACAUUCAGAAGAGCUGCAAAUACCAAGCCUGCACAUCAUCCAUACCAUGAAAUCGCUCAAGUCGAAGAACUUUGUUCGUGAACAAUACUGUUGGGGCUUCUACUACUGGUUCCUGACCAACGAGGGAAUCAUUAAUCUGCGCCAAAUCAUAAAUCUUGCAACCCGAAGUUCUGCCUGUAGCGUUCCGCGCCCUCUUCGAUCGCAAGGCGAACCUCAUAGCAACAAUCAACGCAGCGCUAACAAGGACGACCGUCAAUCCUGGCGCCGCCAUCCGCCGCAAGCCGCUAAAGAGAAGGCCGAUGAUGUCGGUGCCGGAACGGGAGAACUGAAAUUUCGUGGUGGCUUCAGUCGUGGUUACCGCAAGUGAUGCUUCAAAUAAAUGCAUCCCAAAUCCUUGAAACACAGAAGAAGGGUCAACGGUA